GUGCGCAAGGGCGGGCGGUGGGAGGGCUGCGCGGGGUCCCCAUGACACCCCCCCCGCACCUCCCAGAGCCCGGCGCGGGCCCCGCCCGUUCCGCGCCCCGGGGGCCGGGGCUGUUGGGGAGACACGGGGCAAGGUCCCUGCUGCUGGGCAGCCCCGCAGGCUGGGAAUCGGCAGCCGCUGCCCGCCGGGCUCCGGGGCUGGCGCUGAGCGGUGCGGGCCGGCGGGGGUUGGAACAGGGUUGUGCCGCGAGGACUGGGGUGGAAACGGCUCGCUGGAAAAUCCUCUUGAUUUGUCCCAUCCUAGGUAGAGCAGGACCAAGGCAGCCCUUCCUGGGAUGAAAUGAAAUGCUCUGUAACCUGCGGAACUCACUGCUGCAGGGUGGCUGUUGAGGCAAAUGCUCUGUGGAGCUUUUGGGAACGGUGUGAUUCUGGAGGGAGAGCUUCUUGAUGUCUCUCGUCACCUCAUCUUGGAUAUUAAUGGCAGGAAGGAGCGAUACUGCGUGCUGUAUGUCAGGCCUGGCCAGGUCCAUCGCCGCAAGUUUGAUGCCAAGGGAAAUGAGAGAGAGCCAAAUUUCAGCGACGCCAGGAAGGUGAACACCGGCUUCCUCAUGUCCUCCUUCAAAGUGGAAGCCAAAGGCGAGACAGACAGGCUGUCCCCCGAGGAGCUGAAGGGGCUGGUGAAUAAGCCGGAGCUGCUGAGUGUGACAGAGCCCCACACCCCCAGCCAGGCUGUGGCCUUCUGGCUGCUGGAGAUGGAGAUGGAGAAGAUGGAGCUGGAGCUGGGGACAGAGAUCCGUCUGAAAACCCAGGGUGACAGCCCCUUCAUAUUCUCUCUAGCCAAGCUGCAUGCAGGGACAGUGACCAAGUGUAACUUUGUUGGCGAUGGACAGGCUGGGGCUUCCUGGACAGACAACAUCAUGGCUAAGAGACCUCAAGGAGGGCCAGUCCCCGAGCCCAGGGGGCAAGGGGACGGCGCAGAGGAGGAUGAAUGGCUUCUGGCAGUCCGAGGCCUAUGGACACGCAGAGCAUGGGGCUGCAUCUCAGACCAUCUUGACAUGUGCACACCUGCAUUCUGGGAGAUGGCUUCUGUCCUUUACAGCCAAUGCUGUGCUUAUUCCUGUACAAAGCGGGACUGCCCCUGCUCCAAGGAGCCCCUGUCUCGAUUCCUGACUCGUACUUUGUUGUGUUUGCGGCUUUUCCACAUCUGUUUCUUCAGCCUGUUAUCCCAUGCUGCUUCUUGGACGCUCCAGAUCCGUGGCUGCACAGCUUCCUCCUCUCGUCUGUGAUGAGGCCAGCAGUGGGCGCUGCGCCACCAGCCAAACCCACACUGCUCUUGCCUUUCUCUCCUCCCUUGGCUCGCUGAGCCCAUCCCUCAGUGGCCUCCCCUCUCCUGGAGACCCAGCAUAGCUCCUGGGUUCUGAGCCCAGCUAGGAUUGUCUUUCGCACUGACUGGCUCUGUUGGCUUUUC